AUGAAACUGGAGGACCACCUGGAAAGCCACCUGGAGGACCACCUGGAAAGCCACCUGGAGGACCACCUGGGAAGCCACCUGGGGAACCACCGGGAUAACCACCUGGAUAAUCACCUGGAGGACCACGUGAAGGAGGUUGACGACCAGAGCGGGCCUCGAGGUGGCUCGGGGCGUGACCUUGGGCGACAGCAGGUCCUGCAGGUAAAGGCCUGGGCAUGGCCAAAACGCUAG